ACUCUACUUCCGGUAGCGGGUUCGCGCGAGGAGAGCGCGUGACCUUCCGGGCGGUGGGUCUCGAUGUCCCGCUUCUUCCAGAGCGUUUCUAGGCGGCCCGUAGCAGAGGAGGAAGGAGCAAGGGUGGAAGAGGAGCAUUUAAGCCAAUGGGGGCUCCGCGGCAUUCAUCUGCGUCCUUAUCAGAUAGAUGGUGUAAACUGGUUGGCCAACUGUUACACAACCUGGCAUGGAUGUAUCCUAGGUGACGAAAUGGGUCUUGGGAAGACUUGCCAGACUAUUUCUCUGCUUGUUGUCUUAAGUGGGAAGCUUAAUAAAAGACCCUUUUUGGUCCUUUGCCCCCUCUCUGUGUUAAGCAACUGGAAGGAGGAACUUGAAAGAUUUUCUCCAAGGCUUUCCUUCGUGACAUAUUCAGGCGACAAGGAAAAGCGGGCAGAGCUACAACAGGACAUAAAAUCAAAUAAUGACUUCCAUGUUCUGCUGACUACCUAUGAGAUAUGUCUCAGAGAUGCAGCAUUUUUAAAAUGCUUUAAUUGGGCAUGUCUUGUUGUGGAUGAAGCUCACAGACUGAAGAACCAGGAUUCAUUGCUUCAUAAAACACUCUCUGAGUUUUCAACAGAUUUCAGCCUCUUGCUGACAGGUACUCCUAUUCAGAACAGUCUCCAAGAGUUAUAUGCCAUGCUUGCUUUUAUUGAACAAGACAUAUUCCCUAAGGAGCUAGUUGAAGAAUUUGUUCACUAUUACCAUGGGAUUGAAAAAGAAAGCCAAAAAGCCAAAGAACUGCACAGUCUGUUGAAGCCCUUCUUGCUCAGAAGAGUGAAGACAGAGGUUGCUGCAGAAAUCCCAAAGAAGUCAGAAGUGAUUCUCUACCAUGGAAUGUCAGCACUGCAGAGAAAAUUUUAUAAGGCUAUUUUGAUGAAAGACCUAGAUGCAUUUGAAAGUGAAACGGGGAAGAAAGCUAAGCUCCUGAAUGUGUUAAUCCAACUCCGGAAAUGCGUAGCACAUCCCUACCUGUUCAGUGGUGUUGAACCAGAGCCGUUUAUCAUUGGAGAUCAUCUCAUUGAAGCCAGUGGAAAGUUGAGCUUAUUGGAUAAGCUUCUUUCUUUCUUGUAUGCUGGGGGCCAUCGUGUGUUGCUGUUUUCCCAGAUGACCCAAAUGCUGGAUAUUCUGCAGGAUUACAUGGAUUACAGAGGUUACAGCUAUGAGCGCUUGGACGGAUCUGUACGAGGUGAAGAAAGGCACCUUGCUAUUAAAAACUUUGGCCAAGAGCCCAUUUUUGUCUUCCUCCUGAGCACCAGGGCAGGUGGAGUUGGCAUGAAUCUCACAGCCGCAGAUACUGUUGUUUUUGUGGACAGCGACUUUAAUCCACAAAACGACUUGCAAGCAACAGCAAGAGCCCAUAGGAUUGGCCAGAAUAAGCCUGUAAAAGUGAUUCGCUUGAUUGGGAGAGACACAGUGGAAGAGCUCAUCCACCGCCGAGCAGCAUCAAAGCUCCAGCUAACAAAUGCUGUUAUUGAAGGUGGCCAAUUUGCUCUCGGAGCACAGAAGUCCUCUGGUGACACAGAUCAUGAGCUGAGCGAAAUCCUGAAGUUUGGUUUGGACAGACUGUUGUCAUCAGAGGGAAGUACGAUCUCUGACGUGGACCUGGGAAGCAUCCUUGGUGAUACAAGAGGAGGGAUGUGGCUAAUGGACCCUGUGUUGUCUACUGGAGAGGGAGAUGAAGAGCAACACCUAGAAAGCCACAUGUACCUAUACGAAGGGAAGGACUACUCCACGGAACCUAGCAGGGAGGACCAGAAAGCUUUUGAUCAGUUGCUCAAUCUUCAGAAAGCACUUCUUGAAGAUAUCAGUCAAGAAGGAAGAGCUCUCAGAAAUAAAGCAAAUGCUCUGAUCACAGGUAUUCAGAUGGGCCCUGAAAAGAAAAGACGUAAAUUAAGUCCAGAAGAGUUGGAGAUUCGGCGACGAAAACUACAGGAGGCAGCAGCAAAGAGGGCCAAGCUCAGGGAAGAAAGGAAGCAGAAGAAAGCAGAAGCGGAGCACCAGAAAAAAAUGGCUUGGUGGGAAGCUAAUCAUUACAGAUCUUACUGCAUUGAAUCAGAAGAGAGCAGUGAGGAGGAGGAGGAGGAAGAGGAAGGCAGGCUGGAUGUGGCUCUGAAAUAUACGGACCCAGACCUGACCUCCAUCAGGUACAUUAUGGGUGAUGUUACCCAUCCUGCAGCAGGAGAAGAGGAUGCCAUCAUUGUGCACUGUGUAGAUGAUUCUGGCUAUUGGGGAAGAGGAGGCUUGUUCACUGCACUCAGGAAUCGAUCCGACCAACCAAAGAAAAUAUAUGAGUUGGCAGGAAAGAUGAAAGAUCUUGCAUUAGGAGGAACACUUUUAUUCCCUAUUGAUGAUAAGGAGUCUCGAAACAAAGGACAGGACUUGCUGGCCCUCGUUGUAGCCCAGCACCGUGACCGCUCCAACAAUUUGUCUGGAAUCAAGCUCCCUGAUUUGGAAAGGGGAUUAAAGAAAAUUUAUCUAGCAGCCAAGAAAAGAGAUGCAAGCGUCCAUCUUCCUCGCAUUGGUUAUUCCACCAAAGGCUUUAACUGGUAUGGAACAGAGCGUCUGAUCCGCAAAUACUUGGCAACACGAGGAAUCCCUACAUUUGUAUACUAUUUUCCUAGGACUAAAGCAUCAUCGUCCUUGCAGGCAUCCACAACGUCAGUAUCAACUUCCCAGACUUAAAAGAACCAGUCAAUGGGCAAAGCUCCUUCCUACUGCAUCUAUAAUGUCUUAGCACCGGUUUGGGUUUCUUGAACGUGGAGAUGGUGGACCACAGGUGAAGACGCAGCCCUAAACUGCACUGCAUAGAUCAAUAAUCUGUCCAAAAUUUGACCAAGCAUUCUUUAAGAUAGAAUUUGUCAGUUUCCCACAACCCACACAUGUUCCAUGCUUGCUUUUUAAGUGCUAGCUUAGGCUUCUAGCACAAAUUGACCUAUGCCACACACUAAAAAAGAGCAAACUAAUGAUAGACCUGUCAUUCAAAACUCCCAUCUUUCAAUUUUAUCUCUUCAGAACUUUUGACUUUCUGUUCCCCAAAUGCAGGAAACUCGACUGCAUAAUUAUAAAAGUGUAUAAAGAACUUUCUGUUCUAUGUACACUUGACCUCUCAGAUUGAGAGUAUUCUUUCUGUAAAAGAUGGCUGCUAGUAGCAGAACAUGCAGAAUGAGAUUCCACCCCUUGGAAAGAUUAAAGCUCUCAGCAGGUUACCAGUUGGAACUGAUGGUUUUAGUUUGACCUAGCUGAAAGCAUUCUUCUGAUAGUUAGUUAAAAUGCUGUAAUAUCUACAGACCAUUGCAUUAUUUCCAAGCUACUUGCCAGUUACAUUUUCCCAGUUGUGUGAAGAAUUUCAGUUCCAAGGACCAGCAGGAUAUGGAGGUUACUCAUGCAAUCACAAAAGUCUGUGUACUGGUGGCUUGUCACCAUUAAAGGCCUGAUUCUGUAGUUGUGAAAACAUCAAGGUGUUCAAUAAAGAGCUCAGAACUUUGUACUC